AUGGGGGAGGGAAUCAAAAUUUUACUAGCGAAUCUUGACAGUAAAACCUGGAUCUCGUUUCUGAAAACACCUGGCUUCCGAGAAAUCCUUCUAAGUUUGCUUCUUGAAAGGGAUUCAGAGAAGCGGGGUGCUACAGAGGGGGGAAGGGAGAAGAAGACGAAGAAGAAAGAUGAACCACAGAAACUGCAAGCUCAGGAUGAAGUAGAGACAAAAAAUUUAUCGGUGAAUAAGUACCUCUCGCCACUCUUGGCCAUGACGCAAGACACAUCCAAAUUGAUUAGUGUACGACCCAAUCAGAUAACAACACGCGUCCCUCCCCAAGCAGAGAUUGACCGAGUUAUGACACGCUCUUUCGAAUUGAGCGGAAGAAAAAGUGAAUAA